UCCCCACAGGGCUCCCAAACCAAGAAAGCAGAUGGCUGCACAAAAUCACUCUGCGGUGACAGAGUUCAUCCUGGGGGGGCUCACGAGCAGACCAGAGCUCCAGCUGCCCCUCUUCCUCCUCUUCCUGGCCAUCUACUCGGUCACCGUGGUCGGGAACCUGGGCAUGUUCACACUGAUCUGGCUGAAUGCUCAGCUGCACACCCCCAUGUACUACUUCCUCAGCAACCUGUCCCUCAUAGAUCUCUGCUAUUCCUCCAUCAUUACUCCUAAAAUGCUGGUGAACUUUGUGUCAGAGAAGAACGUCAUCUCCUAUGCGGGGUGCAUGUCACAGCUCUCCUUCUUCCUUGUGUUUGGCGUUGCUGAGUGUUACAUGCUGACCGUGAUGGCCUAUGACCGCUAUGUCGCCAUCUGCAGACCUUUGCUUUACAACGUCAUCAUGUCUCAUCAAGUCUGCUCCCUGCUGGUGGCUGUGGUUUAUGCCUCUGGGCUCAUUGACUCAACAAUAGGGACCGUCCUCAUGUUUAAAUUGUCCUACUGUGAGCUCCUCCUCAGUCACUAUUUCUGUGACAUCGUCCCCCUCAUGAAGCUCUCCUGCUCUCGCAUGUAUGGUAUUGAGAUGAUAGUCUUCUGUGUGGCUGGAUUCAACACCAUAGCCACCAGCUUACCUGUCCUGGUUUCCUAUGCCUUCAUCCUCUCCAGCAUCCUCCGCAUCAGCACCACAGAGGGCAGGUCCAAAGCCUUCAGUACCUGCAGCUCCCACCUGGCAGCGGUGGGCUUGAUGUAUGGAUCUGGUACAUUCGUGUACUUAAAGCCCUCGACUGCCAACUCCCUGGCCCAGGAGAACGUGGCCUCCGUGUUCUACACCACAGUCAUCCCCAUGCUGAACCCCCUGAUCUACAGCUUGAGGAAUAAGGAGGUAAAGGCUGCCGUGCAAAGAACACUCAGGAGAAAAGUGUUUCUGAGUUAA